AUUUCCACUGCACCACAAUGGGAACUCCAGAGUCUGAUAAUUUUUUUAAGGAAAAGAGAAUUCCUCUUACAUAUGAAACCUUAUCAUUAUUCUGUUAAACUCUCAAGGUCUCUACAUAUUUUUCUCUUGUCCAUGAGAAAUGGAAUCCUUCAAAAAAAAAAUAGGCACUAGCCAUAAAAGUGUUAUAUUAAUUUUCCAAGAAAAAGAUUCCUGAUUAUGAUUAAAUUGCACGUCUCUUCCUUUAGUAACCCACACACAUACACACACACAUGAGAUGAAAAUACCACACAUGACCUGUUUUCUUCACUGCUUCUAGACUUAUCCAUAUUUUAAUUCAAUAUUUAUUCAGCAAAUAUUUCUUCAGACUUGCAAGUAGUCAGUCUCUUGCUGGACAUAAGCCAAAGUCCUUGCCUGGAGGGGUUUGCUGGGAAGGCAAACCCUCAAACAAGUAUAUUAUAAAGUGCUCCCUUAGACUUGACCCUAUAGUGGGGGCAAUGAAGGAAGUAGCUGUCUCUUUCUGAGACUACCAGGGAAGGCUUCAGAGAUGAAGUGACUCAAAUAGGUCUUAGAGGACCAGUGGGAAUUUGCCAAGCGAAGACUGAGGCCACUUGGGACAGAAGGAAGAAUAUGAGUGAGGAUGCAGACACAGGCGAAAGCUCGAUGUGGUUGUGAAGAAGGACCAGGGGGCAGGAGUGAGUGAACCAAGUUUGGAAAGGUCUUUUCGCCAUUCCUCCAGGUCUUCCACCAUAAGGAAAGGAGCCCCUGGACCAACAUCCUCUAAGAUGUUUAUAUGGACUAGUGGCCGGACCUCUUCAACUUACAGACACGAUGAGAAAAGAAAUAUUUACCAAAAAAUCAGGGACCAUGACCUCCUGGACAAAAGGAAAACUGUCACAGCACUGAAAGCAGGAGAGGACCGAGCCAUUCUCCUGGGACUGGCCAUGAUGGUGUGCUCCAUCAUGAUGUACUUUCUGCUGGGAAUCACACUCCUGCGCUCAUACAUGCAAAGUGUGUGGACCGAGGAGGCUCAGUGCACCUUGCUGAAUGCGUCCAUCACAGAAACAUUUAACUGCUCCUUCAGCUGUGGUCCAGACUGCUGGAAACUCUCUCAGUACCCCUGCCUCCAGGUGUAUGUUAACCUGACUUCUUCAGGUGAAAAACUCCUUCUCUACCACACAGAAGAGACGAUGAAAAUCAAUCAGAAGUGCUCCUAUAUACCUAAGUGUGGAAAAAAUUUUGAAGAAUCCAUGUCCCUGGUGAAUGUUGUCAUGGAAAACUUCAAGAAGUACCAACACUUCUCCUGCUAUUUUGACCCGGAAGGAAACCAGAAGAGUGUCAUCCUAACCAAACUCUACAGUUCCAACGUGCUGUUCCAUUCACUCUUUUGGCCAACAUGUAUGAUGGCUGGGGGCGUGGCUAUCGUUGCCAUGGUGAAACUCACACAGUACCUCUCCCUGCUCUGUGAGAGGAUCCAACGAAUCAAUAGAUAAAAGCAAAGUGGAUGAGAUUAUUUUCUUUAAAGCUCAAAUACUGUUUUCUUUCAUUCUUCACCAAAGAACCUUAAGUUUUUAAUGUGCAGUCUGUUUUGAGUUCCUUAAUAUAUUCUUAUACGUAGAGCAAUAAUGCAAAAGCUGUCCUAUAUGCAAACAUGAUGUCUUUAUUAUUCAGGAGAAGAAAUAACUGGUUUUUGUUGGUUGGGUAUUUUUCAUAAUUUUGGUUUGAUGCUGGAACUAGUACUUCCUUCUCUCCUUCUGCCAAAAUCAGGCUCGGUUACUCAUUUGCCAAGCUUUGUGGAGGAUUACAGAUAAUAUAAAUUUGACAAGGUCUGUGCUCAAAGUUGUGAGAUCUCUUGAAGAUAUUUCUGCAAUAUUUUUCAUCAUUCAUUGUUUACUAAAGCUGCAGCCAAAAAUAUUUUUUCUUUCCUUACUCUAAACUGAGCCCUUUAGCAAGUGAAGGGACCAGAUUUCCUAACUAAAGGAUGUUAUGCAUUUUCCUUAUAUUUCUACCAUAUCACUGUAAAGAAGGGGGAAAACCCAGCCAGCUAUCUUUCUUUUAUUACUUUCUACUCAUAACUUUAGGUUUUUUAACUGAUCUCCAAAAAAUAAGCUGUUUUCAUUAAUCAAUUCUAUAAUCUCUUCUUGUAAUUUAAAUAGAAAAUGAACAGAGCCCUUUUCCAUGUAAGACCCUGCAACUGUGUGAAGAAAUGACAUUUAUAAGGAGUUUAAUUAUCUAUGAACCAACAACAUUGAAUUGAUGCUCCUUUACAAUCCAAGAAAGUCUAUGACUAAGAUAUUGUGUGAAAAUCUUUAUUCCAUUACAAUUGAACCAAUGGUAAAAUUAAGAUCCUACUUGCUGGUCAAGACUGGUGGACUGAUUUCAAUGGGUAAAUCUAUUGCGGCAAACUAACAUGUCAGACUAUUACUCUUUGGGCAUUUAUGUUUAUAUUAAUGAGUGUGUUGUCUUUCUUUCUAACAAGUGUUCCCCAUUGGGAUUUUAAAGCUAAAUGCACAGAAUAUUUGUCUCCUCUACAUAUUUUACUUUUCUAUUUACAAUUCCCUUUUCCAUUGCUAGGUUUUAUAUACAAUUUUUCCCCUAACACAUACUUGAACUGAAUAACAGAUUUAAAGGAAGCCUUUGUUCACACUGCCAUUCACUUACUUUGUUUGGGGUUGGGAAAUGAGGAAUUGGUUUUAAACAAAAACAUUCCAUCUUUUAUUUAACAUCAAUAUAAGAAGAAGAAGACAAACAACUAUCUUUUUCAUCUAUAUUUAAGUACCUUUUUAUAAUGUAGUAUCAAGAUUUUCUAAGUACUGCAAAAUUUAACAUUUGUGGAAUGAAUGGUGAAACUAAUCUGAUGAAGUAGAAAGUGUUCUGCAAUAUUGUAAUUUCAUAAUUUGACUUUUCAUAAGCAAAUAAAUCCAUAGGGUAUAA